UAGAAAGUUCACAGAAGAAAAAAAUGGAAGAAUUUAAAGGUUCAGAAAAAAUUUUAUAUAUUUGGUCGCAAUCCACAAAUUUAGAGGAAAAAGUAAAUCAGAUUACGGCUUGUACAGGAGGUACAGUGCAAGUGGAAAAGUUCGAUCGUCUAUCUUUAGCUUCCUAUCCCAGUGCCUGUUUCGAUUUAAUUAUAUUGGAAAACGAUCAAUUAGCAGACGGCUUUGACAAAUUUUUAUAUCUGCUAAAACCAGAAGGCAUAUUGCAUUUGCUGAGUUUUGUAAGCUCAGAGAACAGUAUUUUACAAGAAUUGAAGCUAUCUGGAUUUAUUAGCAGCAGAGUUGCUAAUAAUACUACAGUUACUUGCGAGAAACCUAAGUAUGAAACCGGUUCAGCGGUUAAAUUAUCGUUUGCCAGAAGCGUAAAUACGGCAGCUGUUUGGAAAAUUGAUGACUAUGAAGGCAUCGAUGAUGAUCUCAUUAAUGAGGAUGAUUUACUAGAUGAAGAAGAUAAAAAAAAGCCAAAUCCUGAAACUUUGAAAGUUUGUGGUACUACUGGUAAACGAAAGGCAUGUAAAAAUUGUAUUUGCGGCUUAGCCGAUGAAUUGGAGGCUGAAAGACAAAAAUCCCACGUGAAAACCCAAAAUGCGAAAUCCAGUUGUGGCAAUUGUUAUUUGGGCGACGCAUUCCGUUGUUCCACUUGUCCUUAUUUAGGAAAGCCCGCUUUCAAACCAGGUGAAAAAGUAGAGCUGGCGGAUCGUUUACUUAAUCCGGAUAUCUAAUUAUUAAAGGCGAUGAGAAAACCAAUAAGAUGACGAAUCGAACAAGGUUCCUUGCAUAAACCGUCAACAUAAUUUUUUACGAUGCUUCGAAAUCUGAAAAAAACGCAAAUAUAUCGAUUUUGUGCAUCAUGGUAAAUUUCGUUGCUUAGAAUGGAUACAGAAACUUUGUAAAAUUAAAAUUGAUGUAAAAAAACUUUUUUUGUUGUGAGAUUUGGUAGGUCAACGUUUGGUUACGUAGACAUUUACGCGUUUAAAUAUAUCAAAAUUCUUAAUAAUUUGCGUAUCAAAAUUCGUAAUAACGUGGUUAUGACCAUUUACUGUAAGUUAGUUGACGAUAUUCCAAUACAUCGAGCACAUGAUGUCGCUUGGGAUUGCCCAUAAUCGUUUGGGGUUAUAUUAAUUUUGUCAAAACGAAGGAAGUUUCCUAGAUCCUACAAAGUAUAUUCUUGGUCAGCAUCAAAGUGUGAACCGUUUGAAGUAUGUCCACAAGGCGGUCUGUCAGCACUCUCCCAUUUUGUUCCACAGUUGCAACAAUUCCUUUAAGAAAAUAGAAAAUUUCAUUUAACGCAACUUGAUUACGGACCGUCUUUCUAAAGUUGAUCUUCCUUCCGAUUUACCUUCAAUCCAAAGUGCCUUUCAGUCUGUGAUCA